AUGAAUGGCGAUGUUUUAGACAAUUCUGUUUCUUCACUACUAACUUCAGAAUCCUCAGAAAAAUCACAACAAUCAUUCAAUUAUUCUUCAACUAACAACAAUUCUAAUAAUAAUGACAACGGUUUAACCUCAGUUUUACACGGAUUUAUAGUUAACGGUUUAGCUUUGACUGCAAUGAUGAAAACAGAAAUGGGGGAGAAUGGGGAGGGGGAACAACAACAACAAAAUAAUUCGUUGGAAGAUAUUAACGAAGAAAUUAAUGAUGAAAUGAAGCUAAAAAAAACAAUUCAAAGCACUAGCUCUUUCAAACCCCAAAACAAUUUAAAUUUUAAUAAUUCUUGGCGUUGUGCCCAACAAAUGGAAGAAAAUGACAUUUCGUCCCAUUUUGAGAGAAAAAAGUUUUUGAACGCAAAUUUUGGAUUUUUUGAGGAGAAUGGGAAGGAAUUGAAGAAAAAUUGUGAAGAGAUUAAUUUUGGGCGUGUAGACAGCUUGAAACUUCAGGAAGAAGAUGAUAACCUUCAAAAUUUUAAUUUAGAAAAAUUCAAUAAAACAAACAAUUUUUCCCUCUUUUCUACCAAAAUGUUGAUGACAACAAUGAAUGAUUUUGGAAAUAAGGAUGGAUUUGAGGAUCAAAUGUCUCAUUCUUCCUAUAAGAAUAAUUUUAUGUCUAUUGGCGUUAAUGAGGACGAGAAUAAUUUAAAAAACGAAAUAAACAGAACGCCAACAACAAACAUUAUGCCAGCCACGAACAUUAUGCCAACCACAAACAUGCCAAAAAAGAAGAAGAAAAAGCCUUACAAAGAGUUAACCUUAGAACAGAAAGUCGAAUUAAUCCGCCUCGCAGAACGCUGCACUAAUCUAAGCCAAGCAAGUAUAGCAGAACGAUACGCUAUUGCAAAAUCAAAUGUUUGUAGAAUUUUGCAAAGAAAAACGGAAUAUGUUAGGGCUUUGGAAUGUGCUGGGUUUGCCGGUUCGAGGAAGAGAAAAUUGAGGACAGCAAUAAAUUUGGGGGAAGAAAAUUUGGAAUUGAUUAAUGGGGAAAUGAAGAAUAAUAAAAAUAUUGGUGGGGGAAGAGGAGGAAGAAAUAAUUUAUUUGUGGAUGUGGAAGAGGAGGAAGAAUUGAAUAAUAACAAUAAUUGUUUUAAUAUUUUGUGUGAUAAAAAAGAUAUUGAUAAAUUAAUUGAAGGAAGUUGGAAGAAUGGAGAGAUUGAGGCAAAUUUGGAUUUGAAUGGAAACGAAGAAGAAGAUGAUAAGUGGUUUUUGAGUUGAUACAGUCGAGUCUCGAUAACACAUCUC